CAGAAAGUGAACUUAAAUAUAUCGGUCAGUUUGUGCAAGCUCAUCUGAAAGAUAUUGGAUAUUGUACCUAUAUCUGAAACAUAUUUCAAUGCCAUCCUCCUGGCGGGAAAGGGUUCGACCAGCUAGUUCCCUUCUUAUAGUUUGAAAAUGAGCACUCCUAAUCUACCAAAUAGUACUAUCAGAUCUGGUUUACCUUUUGAGUUAUGUCGUUCUGACUACUCCCUCCCGAUACCGGUCAUAUCACAAGCAUCAUCCUUAGUUUCCGUUCCUAGAAAUGUAUUUAAUGCUUAUCCAUCAACUGCGCAAUCCAGAGGCAGUAAUGUCCUACAGAAACCUACCGGUAAAAUAAAUCUAGUUUAUUAAAAUUGCUUUUCUAGUCAGUAAUUCAAUGUCAAAUUUCCCUUUAGUCACUACAAGUAACAUUGUUCAGUCAAAUGCCAACGCUUUCGCAAAUUACCCAGCAUUUAACAGUAUUUUUCAAACACUUUUACGUGGAACAAAUCCAUCUCAAGUUACCAUUGCUCCCCCGAAUGUCUCAGGUUAUGUUAAUACAGUGGCAGGACCGAAUGGGAAUCUGUUCACUGGUUUUCGACCUACGCAACUAUCUUAUCAGCCGAAUAUUCGCAUCACUGCGCCUGGAAUUAUUUCGUCUGGAUCCACGCAUAGCACAGUAAACUCAGUUGCAUUGAGGUCAACAAACUGUACCACACGUAACAAUGUCAAUUCCACAUCGACAUGUACAACCACGGCCACUACAACUUGUAAUUCACUGACUACCAGUCGUACAGCCAAUCCAUCCGUGGAAUCAUUAUUUGUGUCGAGUAAUUUUGUUUCAGUUUCUGACUCAAUCAAUCGCACGCGAAAACUGGGUGCUGCGGCUUUUGUUCGAUGGGCAGAAGCGUGUACACGGUCGUUCAGAAAGGAGCGAAUUUCUGUUUGGCCUCGAUGCAAAGCCGAUUCAGAUGCAUUGCAUGAAAUGAACUGGAUCAUUUCUCCACCUGGUCUUUUAGGUAUUUAUUCUGAAUCUCCUUUUUUGCGACCUGUAGUACUACUGCGCCGUGUUCAGUUUACUGCUCCUGGAAAUGUCAAUCCAAAUAUACCGGAUACUGAUAAUAUGGUCCGUUCUCUGCGUGAAAUAGCUGAUGCUAAAGUAACAAAGUAUCCAGGUUUCGCUCCACAAUUUCCACCUUCCGCAGCUUCUGUAGGUUUCACAACAGACUACAUGACCUAUGUAUUUACCUUAGAAUUGGAGCGUCAAGUUGUCAAGCUACUACGUCCUAAGACUGGUGAUCAUUCUGAAUGGAGAGUAGUACUAAGGCUAGGUUGGGCGACGACGGAUUUCUAUGUUCCAAGCAAUGUAUCCUCCAAUGCUGCGUCACAUCGAGCCCUUGUCUUGGAGUCAUUACCUCGUUGCCUUUCUAUUCGUGUCUCCGGUCGACCCGUACCCUUACCUGACCCCAUUUUUCAUGGUGGUCAGGCUCAACGUCUUGGAAAGCGCCUUCGUUUAUCAAUUGAUAUAACAGACAAAGUACUCAUGAAGUGUGGUUCUGCAGUUAGAAACAGAGUUGUCGAUAUUGAAUUAACCUGGUUGCAUGCACCGUUGGAAGAUCAAUCUGUAGGACUCUUAAACUUGGUUGCUGAUGGACUGGUUUCUCCAUUGUUAUGUCAUCUAAUUGGGUUGCCUCUAGUUCAAGUUACACUUGAUCGAGCUUAUUCAGUUUCCGAUCUUCGAAAUACCUUUAAUUUGGAAAAUCCAGAGGCCUACAAAAAUUUCAUCAAUGGACCACUCUUAGAUCCUAUCGAAUUUCCAUCAUUAUCAGUAAAUGCAGAUGGUUCAGGAACUUUAGAAGAUCACGGGGUUUUCGGAGCUUAUGACAAUUGUUUGCCACCGGCAUUCUCACUUCCUGCUGAUAAUACAAAACAUGAACUGAAAUCUCGGCUUCAAAAAUCGUCUGACGAUAGUGAUUUAUGUUUUGAAGAUGGUGACGUUGAGCUUGCUGACUACAUCCCUGUGUGCUUAUUGUGUCCACUAACUCGAACAAGAAUCGAUCUUCCUGUACGAUCGUUCAACUGUUCACAUCUUCAGUGUUUUGAUUUACAUUCAUAUUUAACAAUCAAUAUGCGAAGACCUCGUUGGUCUUGCCCUAUUUGUAGUAUCUCUGCACCAUUUCGUGACUUAAGAGUAGAUGAAUUUUUUAUGAGUAUUUUGAAAAAUCCUCGUAGCGUUGACGUUGAAUUUGUUCAGUUGGAUGCAAAUGGUGAUUGGUAUUUAAAUAAUCCUAAUGACGUUAGUCCAAAUAGUUCUUUCAUCACGGAAUCUAAUCAAUUAAAAAUUGAACAGAAAAAUGUCGAAAAUGUAAAGGCUCCUAUUACAUUGAAAAAUCUUGAAGCACCUUAUGAAGGAGACAAAGUAACUACUGAUAAAUUGAAUGAAUGCGAAACAAACACUGUUGAUAUAAACAAUACAUAUAUGGAAACGACAGAACAAGUAACUAAGGAUAAUCACAACAAUACUAAUAGUAAUAAUGACAAUUGUCAGCCAGAACCUGAGGUAAUUAUCUUAAGUGAUGAUGAUGAUGAUAUUAAUAAUAAUGAUACAAAGGAGACGGAGACAUAUGUCCAAAAUGGCAGUAAUGAUAAAAGUGUCAAUCAGUGUCCACAAAAUGUUGAUAAGCUUAAAACCACUUGUAAUAACGGUCAAAAUGAUGAUAUAAAUAAUGGUUUUCCAUGUUUAAAAGAAAAAAGUACUAUCUCAAGUAAUACGCAGUCUACACGAACUUUCACGCUUGAAAUCGAUCUGACAAAUGAUGAUUCAGAUUCUUCUUCACUUUGUGAACCAAAUAACAGAAUAUUGGAGACCCCUUUUACUACUGAUCAUACUGUUCCGACAAAUGACAUUCAGCAGUCGGAUCUUUCAUCUGACUUUAUUCGCACAAGAGAUGAAAUUCGAUUUGGUAAUAAAGGUCCGUUAGUAGUGAUUAGCCCGUUACAGUCUAUAAGUAUUCCCAAUUCUUUGUCUGGCUCAACUGAAGAAAAUGAUUUAAAUUCCCAUUUAGAUGAAUUUAACGCUAUACGUAAUGAAUUGAUUAUGGAUCCUAAACAGAUCUCACGUGCAGACAGUAAUUGGCCUCCAGAACUUGUGCAAACUAUGUUGAGAACCUCUAAUAGUUCCGUUAACAAUAUCAAUCAGUAUGAUAUCAUUGGUUCUAAAUCUGCUUUCUAUCAACGACUAUUGGAAGUAACUGCUCAUCGAGUGAAUCAAACAAUGCUUAAGAAAAAUUCACAUAUCCCCUUAAGAGAUAAUGAAAGAUUGUUAUAUAACAAGGCAUUAUCUCUUUCUUUUGAUGGUGGUGGGUCUAAGAGGAAAGGAAACUCAACUAAACCUAAUAAUAACAAGGUUAAUAGUAGACCAAAAACAUCUAAAAAGGUACUAACAUCCGAUUCUGAAGAUGAAUUCCCAGAUAAACCUUGUUCAGUAGCAAGUUCUUCGACAAUCACUGGUCGUCGCAAUGCUCAUAUAAUCAAACAACAACAAGCUGCUGCAUUAGCACGCCUAAUACAAGAACGAUCUACUCGUAUCAGAAGUACAUUUGAAGCAUCCAAUGAACAAAAUCAACAAGGAAUUGAAAAUCUCCCUUCAACAAGCAGUAGUAGUAAAAACGUUAAAUCUAAGAAAAAUACUGUCAGUACUCAAUCCAAUAAAAAACGUCCUAUUCGUAAGCGACCUCGUCGACGCCGACCUUCAAAUAUAUCUGAUGAUAGUAACUCUUCUAGUCAAUCUUUAUAUACUUCAGAAAUGUCUUGUGUUUCCACUUCAGAACCAUCAAAUGACUCCUCUUUUGUUAAUUCAUCACAAUGUACUGAUGAAGAUGAUGACUUGUCAAUCGACUCAUUCUCAUCAGAUGAUCGUUGGUCUCCUUCACAUGUUAGCUUCAACAGGAAGCAAAAAACUAAACGCAAACCGAAAGUACGUCGGUGAAAUUUUCGUCUUUUAUUCAAAUCUCGACAUUUUUCCCUUCUAAAGAUUGUAAACCAGUUUUAUUAUCAGCAUUUUUAUUUGUUCUAUCAAAUUUGUACAGUAUAAUUGGUUAUUUUUUUCACACAUACACACACACACUUUAUCUACCUUCAUAUACAUGUAUAUUAACUCAAGAUCAUUUUCAAUUACAAUUCGAGUUUUUGUGGACUCCCUUUCAUUUCGAGAUACUGUUAUAUUUUUCUUUAAGUGUAAUAAAUAUAAAAAAUCUUUUUACAGCUUUAAAAACUAACAGUUCAUCAUCAAUCUUGAAAAAAUUCAUUAUGAGUAACUGUCUGUAAAUUCGUCAGUCCAUUAAAGCAACACAAUACCUCGCGUAAAUAUUCAUGUUGUUCAGGUAGCUACACUACAUCAACAGAAGGAUAAAAAGUUGAAAAGUUCCAUACCAGAAGAGUUAUAGUAAAGAUAGUGUCUAUUAUUGUGACUUAUGAUAGAAAGUGUAUUCUACAAGCAACAGCAGAUACCAAGCCAGGUCAGGCAGAUCAGAUCAAGCAUACAAGUCAAGCGUAUUUAUACAAAUAUCUAUCGAUUUUGUCAUAGGAAAUUUUUAAACAAUAAUCAAUGAGUCAUCAAUGGUCUGCUAUUUAAAAAUUUAAUCGAUAAGUUCAUCAACUGACUGCCAUUCAAAUAUUUAAACAUUUAAUCGAUAUGAUAAAAUUACAAAAUAUGAGUUUGGGGGAUAUAUCGGCCCCAACAGGAUCCUCAUCUACUACAGAGAUUUGGACAUGUAUUACACAUAAACAUUGGUACAAAGGGCACAGAAUACGUAUGCGCCACACAAGUCACUUGAUUUGUGUGUGGGCUAUGAUACUGCCCGGGUGCCCAAACCGAAGUAGGUGGUUUCCUUAGGGGGUUUACCCCGAGCAUUUGACAUAAAAAUCUAAUUCACAAGGUGGUGGAUCAACGUUAGAAGAUGCAGUCCCAUUGCAGCCGUUGACCAAUAAAUGAUUCAUAUGCCAUUGCCUCCAAACGCCCUGGUACGGCCGAGAGUGGGG